AUGUGCCUCUUCAGCUCGCACGAUCUUCUUCUUCAUAGAGCCAAAACGUGCCGCUCGCAAAUUGUGUUAUCUCCGCUGUCGACUUCAAUCUCCGUUCAGACGCGAUGCUCCGAUUUGCUUCGCUAUCAACAUCUCCGCCUAAUUCACCACCGUGUCUCACUUAUCCUCUUCAAAUGGAGGAGCACACCUCCUUCUCUGAUCAAAAGUCAUCACGAAUCUCCAUUGAGACAGCACAUCAUAUCAACACCACCGUGUCUGCCAUCAUCUCCCUCCUCUCAACUCAUACUUCGCCAGAAAUCGCUCCGUCGCGCCGGAGGCGGAGAAGCUUCGACAAUUACCAAAAAAACCUACAUCUCCCUCUUUGUCAUCUUCCCUGAGUUCGAUUCUAAACCCACACAUCUUAUCCUACAAAGCGUUGUGAAGAAGUAUAAGAAACGGCGAAGGAACAAUGGUUGGAGGGCUUACCAACUGGAGAAGUGUGUGAUGCUAGUUAACAAUGUCAAAGAAGCGGAAAACCAGAGAAUCCUCAGUGAGAUAUCAGAUCUUUCUACUCUAUAUGUUCUUGCAGAUGAAGAGUGA